UCAUAUGGCAAAUCAUGAUUGUGUAGUCACGCCGCAGACGAUCCUUAAUGCUAUCACAUUGACACUUUACCAGAGAUAUCUCAAGUACACGUGUGUCUUCAAGUAGUUUGUUGUUUAAAAAAAAAAAACAUAUUAGCAAAUUACAGCCUGUAGUUAAUAUUUGUAUGUAGUCUACAGUCUAUGGCUAAAUACGAUUUGGAGAUGCCAGUCAAGACACGCGGAGUUGGAGUGUUUCUCGAAUUAAGGAAACGGCUUCAGAGUGGACUUCUAAUAAUCGGGAAAGAUGUUGCUGGAAACCCCGCUGAUGUGUUUGUGACCGGUGGAGAUUCCUCUCUUAACAUUCGGACCCCCACAAGCGAGGUGACCUUAAUAUUGCCCCCAGGAGUCUCCUAUGUGGAUGAAUCCUGCAUUCUGACACCUGGGGGAGAAUCCUGUGAAGAAGAGCUUCAUUUCAGGCUGCGAAUAAGUGUUUCACAUAACACCAUUGAAGAGUCCUCGGACAUAGUCAGAACACUGCGGACUCAGCAGACUUAUUGCUUCUACUGUCAGAGCUGUACGACCAGGCUGCUCGAGGAUAGAUUGUUUAAGCGAGUGCUUCCUCUCCCUAAUGGCAACUGGAACGCCAUUGUGGACGAUUGGUGCUGCCACGCAGAUCCUUUCGCCAACAAAAAGAUGCUGCCCCGAGCUGAAGAUUGUUUAGUGGGCGACACCUUCUUUCUCCUCACCAGGGAUGGCAGCUGUGACCAGACCCUUCUUCAGGAAGUGAGCCCUGCUGACUCGCAAGAUAGUCAAGAGCCAAAGAAAACCUGCCGCAGACUGGCACUUGUGUCCUGCAUGAGCUGUUCCUCAGUUCUGGGAGAGGCACUGACACCAGAGACGCUGAGAUUGUACAUCACACAGGUGGUGGUGGAGUCCAGCGUAGGGGACACAAAGCCAGAGUUGUCAUUAACCAGAUCUCGCUUCCUGGAGAAGACUGUAGCAGCAAGGCUUGCAGAGCUGUCCAACUCAAUGAGCUCCUUCCACUUUUCUGUCCAAACAGAGACUGGAAAAACCUUCCUGCUGCUCUGGCUGCUGAACAGCGAUUCCAUCAUAGGAUCAGUCCCAGAGUGGUCUGCUAGCACCCACACUCAUCACAGUCCAUCACCAAAGGUUGCAAGAGCCCUUAAACUCCUCUACAUAGCCUGCUCUCAGAUGGGGGCUCAGCAGCAAGACGUUGCCACCAGCUGGGAGGUCAAUGCCACAGGACACUCUGUGGUGCUUCCUCUGAAGGUAUGUGAGGAACUUCUGCAAGUGAUUGAAGACAGCAAUGCAACAAUUCCUGCGUCAAUGCGUCACAUGAGAGCCUAUAAGGUGGCUUACCUACAAUUGUGAAUGCUCAGAAGAGUUGCCGGGAUUCUGAAGCCCUAUUUUGUUCCUCAGUGGUCAACUAUUGAAGCAGAUGAGUGUCGUUCCCUUCAUUCAAAAAUAUGUAAUUUCGGUGUACUUAAAAGACACCUUUCCCAUUUCAGUCAUUAAAACUACAUAAGGAUUCCAAUUGGUGCUAUUGAUAGAAAGUGCCGCUAGAAUCACAAUACUUAGUUGUAUCCUAUUUUAAUAGUGUCAUAGGUGUUUUGUAUAUUUAUCCUGUUCAGAGUUGAGUUUUGUAUUUUUCUUACACAUUUUCACGAAAAGAAAUUAAAGUGUAGAUUUUUUUUUCAAAACUCUUCCUUUCUGUUCAUCUAUUUGCGGGAUCUGCUGCUUGGUGAAGCUUAUUUUAGAGACUAUGCGCAGAAGCAAAUCAACCACUUAAGGGUAAUUACAUCUUGUGAGAUAAGUGUCAUUUUGUAUACCAUUUGUUCAAUUUUCAUGCAUAUUGUAACGGUAGUUUUUGUUAAAAAAAGAAUAAUGGUAUAACAUUGAACAUGUUUUUUUUAAAAGUCUUAAUACAUCUAUCUGUAAUAUUAAUAAUGCAAUUUGUUUGGUUGGUUUUGUUCACCCUAAUGUGGUGUACACCCGAGGUGGUUUUGCUGGACUAUAAAAAGCGAAUCGCAACAGUCAAAAUCAGCAGUUUGGCCAGUUUUCACAAACCAUACCACCCGUAGUUAGUAUGUCACUUAGCUGUACUUAGAUGGUCACAUGUAUUUUUUAUUGGACCCAAACCACUAGCUAAACUGUAAUAUGAGUUUACCUGUCUGUGGGUUUUGUUAGACGGCAUUCUUGUCUUCAUUCCAUGAGGUGAAAACCAUGCGUUUUUCCAUCCUGUUGUUGUCAACGUCAUCAACAAGAUAAUCCAUUAAUUCAAAUUAAUGAUCUUCCGAGUUGCUCUCAUGCUGUUGGUGUUUACGCAGAGGAAUGUCCUUGAAGGGAUUUAUGGACAAAUUUGGUGAAAAAAAGAGACCAAAACUUAAUCCCAGCAAUAAAACUUUGAAAAAUAAAAGAAAAUACUACAUUGUGUGCCAGGCCUCCAAAUUUAAGCAGACACAUUUGUGAUGACAUGAAGCAACAGCAACACAAAAGUCACCAGUAAUAUGAAAACGAGAAUAAGCAUUACAUAACGUUUAGUUGUUCUGAACCAACCUGGCGUUAAGGGGCUUAAAUAUUGGUUAUCUCAGCGAUAGAUCGAUGGCCAAUUGUUUUUCUUAUCCAUGUAAUGUUCUAUGCACCUCUAUUGUUCUGUAUUUGGAUUAUAUUCGGUUGUCUGUUCCUUAAUUUUGGUUUUAGUAUGUGGAUGUGUAACACACCAAUUUGCAUAAUUUUAUGAUAGAUCACACGGUCAGGCCAUUUCCAGUCUAUCUGUUUAUGGUACAUUAGCUGAUUGAUUUGGUAGCAGAUAAUUACCCUUGAACAAUAACUGAACAAACUA